UGUGCCCAGUCGCCGGGGGCAAGAGGCCGCCGCGGUGCGGGCAGGGGGUCGCAGGCAUCGCUCUGCAGCAUGGCCCCAGCAUGCUGGCGAAGGUCGGCCCUCGUCUUGCGAAGCACACCCUGUGCGUCGGCGGCUGGGCAGAGGUUGCUGCUCCGGCGAUCGGGCAGCAGUGGGGCGCGCUGGAUGCAGAUGGGGCCGCAGUGCACGGGAGGAGAGGAGGAGACCCCUUUGGAGAAGGAAGAAGAAGAAGAGGAGAGGAACAACCAAAACUUCGCAACCACAGCCUGA